CUGUAAUGUCUUUUCCCCUUGAUUUCCAGCCUUUAUCUAAUCCCCCCCCCAGCCCAGGGGGAAGUACAUUGCAGCGACAUAGCGGCACAUUUGGCCCAUUCACGAACGGGCUCUAACCCAGGUCGGUUCUCGGAGCUGGAAUUCACUCUGUCCAGGGUAGGGCUGAGCUACUCUGGGGGAUUUCAAUCCCCCAGUUACCCCCUCUCCUCGAUCCUCACUUUGCUCCUUUCACUCUCUCUCUCUCUCUGAUUCUCUCUCUGUCUGUGGCUUUCUGUCAAUGUGUUCCCCUCUCCCCCUCCCCUUCCCCCGCCCCUGCCCACCCCCCUCAGCGCCGCCCACCGCAGCCGUCAGCUGCCCCGGGUAUAAAACCCAGCUCCCGGGCCAUGAAGCGGCCAGUCAGAGGCAGGAGUACCCGGGAGAGACUCAGACAAGGCACCCACAUACCUAUACACACCACCUCCUCCCCACACACACACAGAGGCAGAGAAACAGGACCGGCGCUCUCCCUCCCCAUGGCUACACCCUCUGUCCACAGUAUGGGGCACCUCAGUUUGCUGCUUUACCUGGUCGUGUUCUCUUGGUUGUCUGUCACCGCCUCAGUCAGCCUGGACCUCACCGAACUCAGGAACAAAGUUUCCAAAAUCAAAGUCAACCCGAGGGGGAAUCUGUGGGCAACAGGACACUUUAUGGGCAAGAAAAGCCUCUUUGACUAUCCAGAGGGAUACAAUGCCUCUCCAGCGAGACUCUCGCUGGAGCCCUCUGAUGCUGCCAGGGAUUUGCAGAAUCUGUUCAUCCUGAAGAUGCUGGACAGCGGCCUGCCCCAGGAACAAGGAGGAAACCAGCUCACCCUCAACACUGUCACUGAGGGUACGGGAUUAUUAAUGAAGAUUAUUGAGAGAUAUGUGAAAAAUAGUGAGAAGUGACAAACAUCCUGAACUCUUGUAAGGGAAAUCAAUAUUUGCAGAUGUGAGUGAGAUGGUCUGUGUUUGGAAGGAAGGAGUGGAGAAUGUGGGUAUUUUAAUGUAACAAUAGUGUGUUUUCAUCUCCUGUAUUUCAUGUAUUGUUACUUGUACAUUGUCUUAUUGGUAUAUUAAAGAGGCAGCAAGGACUAUUCUAUAUUUUUCUGAUGUUUUUGCAUUGUUAUACCAUUUUAAUGUAACCUGAAGGUUAUUUGUGGUGAAUAAAGAAUAUAUUGUUUAA